AUGACGGGCCCUUUCCAUACUUACGGCUCGACCUGCCUGCUAGCUGACGAAGAAUCAGAGCCGUCGAGCUGGUAUUCUCGCGACACCCCGCCCGAAAUUCGCUCUCAAUUCUUCUACAUCUCAUCCGUGCCAAUUGACGACCCCUUAGCCCCUCUGCCUCCGCCAAGUGGGCAGGGAUCUGGAAAUGAAAGAGCCCCACCUAAGCCAUUUACCGCGAUAGACAACCUCGCGCUGGAAACUUCGUGGCAGAAACUAGGCAAAUCUCGCCAGGCAACGGGUGCGAGCGAAUCUGAGGCUCGAGCGGACCAGUCAAAAUCGCUCCACGGUAUUGCUGUUCCCGGCCGAGCAUCCGAGUCGGGCAUCGGACAUAACCGCAAGACAGCAAAUAGAAGAGAUGAGGCAGGCCUGAUCAGCAGUCGAAGCACCCUCAGCAACUCACCGUCUUUUCCGGACGAAACUCCUGGGCGGCAUCUCAAGAGCCGAUCCGGCUUACCCAUCGGUUCUGAACCCCGAAUUGGGGGUUCCACACGAAGACGUGUGACUCCAUUUACUAGUGAUGACUUGACCGAAUACCCCCACGGGGGUGAUUUAAACGAUCGAAGGAAGCGGGAACUCUCUUCCUCGCUGAAAGAGAUGCAAUCGAGCAAGAGAAGAAGCGACUCGACUCUAGGAGAUGAUGAUGGAGCAGAAGAUGUUCAAGAUGAGACCGGGAGUCUUCGUGCGAAUCGGUCUCGUGAUGUGAGUAUCAGCGGAUCGCCCUUCAUCAGAGCGCCUAUCUCCCAACCACACAGCCAAUUUGGGAGCUCGGUCGAGUCUUUACCAGCGAAGGACGGACCCCAGGAAUGGCAGAGCGAGGUUCGAGUCAGCGCACCAACCCAUGGAGUUCCCAAGCCUUCGGGCCUUAGAGCCACCGUCAGUCUAGAUGAAAUGACUCAAGACACUUUCGAGGAGGACCGAGAUAGAAGAAAUUCAAAAAAGCAGGACAGCAAUUUCAAGGCAAAGAUUCCCGUCGGCGCUUCACGGCUUCACCUAGUCGAGCUUCCAAAUUUGACUAUGAAACCGAUUUAUUGGAGCCCGCUUCACGACGUAUCGACUGUCGUCCGAGCUACAUGGUUCUACAAGAAUUCGAUGUACCCUGUGGAAACUGCAUUGGCGAAUAAACUAGAGGAGGGUUACACCUACCUGAAACCAUGGACUGAGACAUGGCAGGAUGAGUUGAAUAGCUGUGUGGAAAAUGGAGCUGAUGCAGAGCUCAAGAUCGUGCAUCGCCUCUGGCCGAAGGAGAAAUCAGGAUCCGCCAACCCGCCCGGGACAGCCCAAGACCAAGGAAUGGAUACCACCGGUUCAACAGAAGAUGAUGUGCCACCAGAGGAACCCUCGCCCGAUCUCAAUCAGGCCGCUGGUGGGAGCACAGCCUUCCCCGAAACGAUCAAACCUUAUCUCUCUUCCAGUGCUGUAUAUGUGGAUGCCAGAAAUGCUCAAAUUCUCCGACCAAGCUUGCUACCAUCCGCCUCUCGUGGCAGACGGCCUCUCGGUCCAAUUCGCAAGGGAAGGCAGAUCGGUAUACCUGUGGUGCGCGGCUUCAGUCGCAGACUAUGGGACAAGCUCAAUCCCGCCAAGGCCAAUGCGGUUGACGUACGACAAUACAUCCGAAGAAAUCAAGCUCAAGAGUCCGCUCCUGCUCCAGGGGAGCAAGUUUGUUAUGCUUGCAAAAUGGAGGGACUGCGGCCAAGCCCUACAGACCUUGUACUUGUCAUUCAUGGUAUCGGGCAGAAGCUAUCUGAGCGGAUGGAGAGCUUCCACUUUACUCACGCCAUGAAUGCUUUCCGUCGCCAAGUAAAUGUGGAAUUAAAUAACGAGCCCGUCUGGCCACACGUGGAUCAAGACAAUGGCGGCAUUAUGGUUCUACCCGUGAAUUGGCGAACAACUUUGUCUCUGGAAGAUCCGACUCUGGAAUCAACAGACAUUAACGACCCCACUGCCAACAAUUUUUCGCUCGACGACAUAACGCCUCAGACUCUCCCCGCUAUCCGUUCUUUGAUCAGUGAUGUAAUGCUCGACAUCCCGUAUUACCUAUCUCAUCACAAGCCGAAAAUGAUCAGAGCUGUUGUAAGAGAAGCCAACCGUAUUUACCGACUCUGGUGCAAAAACAACCCUGGCUUUCAAGAGAACGGCCGAGUACAUCUCCUCGCCCACUCUCUCGGAAGCGUCAUGGCGCUUGACAUUCUAAGCCACCAGCCGACACAUGUCCCUCACUUCAACUUUCAUACCACCCCUUUGCAUAGCGAUAUUUUUGAGUUUGACACACGAGUUUUGUUUUUGUGCGGGAGUCCCGCAGGGUUCUUUCUCCUCUUGAAUAAAGCAAGUUUACUUCCCCGAAAGGGUAGAAAUAAACCAGGCAGCGAGGGCGAAGAUCUAUUACGAGGUGUAGCCGGAGAAUCCGGCAGCUACGGCUGUCUUGCCGUCGACAACCUCUACAACAUAAUGCACACUACCGAUCCAAUCACAUACCGCGUCAACGCCGCUGUCGACUCCGAGCUCUCCAGCUCCCUCAAAACCGCCUCCAUCCCCAGCGCCACAUCUUCGUUCUGGACAUCAUUUGGAAGCGUCUUCAAAUGGAGCUCGACGCCUGGCUUCAUGGCUUCUACAGCCCCCACCCGCCCCGCAGCAGUCACAAAACUACCCUCGAACGUGGAAAUGGAGACGCACGACUUCACGCGCGAAGAAAUUGCUGAAAAGCGCAUGUUUCUGCUGAACGAUAAUGGGCAGAUCGACUACUAUCUUUCUGGUGGGGGCGGUCCGCUGAAUAUUCAGUAUCUCAAUAUGCUCAGUGCGCAUAGUAGUUACUGGACGUUGACUGAUUUCGUGAGGUUUUUUGUCGUGGAAAUUGCGAGGAAGCAGGGGCGGGAGGGGACGUUGCAUGCUUUGAGGGCUGAGAAGAAGAAGGGUUGGAAGUACCCGCGGAGUUGA